AUGCCGCGCCUUCAUUGCAUUAGAUUCAACGCGGAUGACUGGAUUGGUACAAACAGGAGCCACCUGCGCGGUUGGAUGAACCGCAAAGAGCGGAAAUCCUUCGACAGGGUUUGGGAGCAAGUAUUCCCAGAUCUACAGCAGGAAAACAUACAUCUGCUUCCAUUUAAUUUCCUUGAUCUACAAUCUCAGAAUUAUAGUAGAAUCUACAGCCGCAAUCUGGGUAUGGAGUCGAUCGUCGUGUCGCGCAUAGUGGAAACACUCAAGAGCUCGGGCACGAGGAUACAAGAUCUCAGACAGGUUGAACAGGCUGAACAGGUCGAACAGUUCGGACAGCUCGGACAGCUCGGACAGCUCGGACAGCUCGGACAGGUCGAACAUGAUGGCUUUCUGGGGUACCUUCAGGGACAUGAACUCUUCAAUCUCCAAACUCUUCGCAUUAUAUAUCACCACAAUCUGGACCAGCGUAGGCUGACUUCCAUCCGUGGCCUUCUGCGUAGCCUAUCUACAUUGAAGGACUUCGAGAUCGCUAUACCAUCAGACUUCUGCCCUGACUUCACACCCCUCUGGGAAGGGCUCACCGGCACACCAUCCGCCAUCGAACGCCUUAAUGUCGAUUCUGAAAUCGACAUCAAUAAUACACAGCUGCACGCAGUCCUGGCCGCGCACACAAACAGUUUGCAGUCCGUGCUUCUCAGUAGAAUGGUGCUCACAGGAGAGUCAUGGGAUGUUGCACUAGCUCGCAUUGCGGCUGCAAGCUUUCCACGACUAAAGUACAUUGGUAUCGGGCUAGUGAGCCAGGAAUGCACUCACUUUGAUCCACAAUUCUCCUUCCUCGGUAACCAAGAUUAUUGCAAUUAUCAAGCUACAUUUGACGAGAAGGCUCUUCAUGGAGCGGGGUUCUGUAUCGAGUGUACUUAUUACAACAUAAGGCUAUGCCCGAGCAUCGUCUUCGGCUCGGAAGUAGUAACUGAGAGACGGAUCUUCGGUACUCUUUGCGACUCUGGGGUGUGA